AUAAGGUCAUCGCAGACCGGACCCACGCGUCAGUGAGACGGAAGUAACUGCCGCAUCUCAAGUCUCAACCCUCGCCUCCAAUCGCAACGCUCCCGAGGAGAGCCAGGAGGAGGUGACGGCGGCGCCGCGAGGAAGGAGGGAUCGAUCGAGGAUGGUGGACGUCUCGCGCGUGCAGAAGGAGCUCACCGAGUGCAACCGCGACCGGGAGGUAUCGGGCGUCUCCAUCGCGCUCCACGACGGCGCCAACAUCUCCCACCUCACCGGCACCAUCGCCGGGCCCGCCGACAGCCCCUACGAGGGCGGCACGUUCGUCAUCGAUAUCCGCCUGCCCGGUGGAUAUCCCUUUGAGCCGCCGAAGAUGCAGUUCAUCACCAAAGUAUGGCACCCUAACAUCAGCAGCCAAAAUGGAGCAAUUUGCUUGGACAUUCUGAAAGAUCAGUGGAGCCCAGCCCUUACCUUGAAGACUGCGCUCCUUUCCCUUCAAGCUCUGCUUUCUUCUCCUGCACCUGAUGAUCCUCAGGAUGCUGUUGUUGCACAACAGAUGCUAGAUGGCAAGAUAGGGUAUAAAUAUAACCAUUACCUGCGUGACUAUCCAACAUUUGCCGCUACGGCUCGCUACUGGACAGAGGCCUUCGCGAAGAGUGCAUCAACGGGCAUGGAAGAGAAGGUGCAGAAGCUGGUUGAGAUGGGCUUCCCAGAGGAUCAGGUGAGAAGUGCCCUGAAGAGCGUGGAUGGCGACGAGAACAUGGCUCUCGAAAAGCUCUGCUCUGGCUCUGGGUGAACCAUUCUCUUGGGGCCAAUACAUGAGCAGCUGUACAUUUCACAGUGCCUGCUAAUGCUCCUGCUCAGCCAUUUCAUAUAGGGGCCGUGCCAUGGCCCAUGGGACUGGAGUGAGACUCUCCUAGGACAACAUGAGAGUUCGUUCGUUUCUUUAAACUAUUUUGCUGUUGUGUCUGGUAGGCUGAAUCGACUCUUUGCCCAUGGAACCCUGGUAAUAUCUGAUGCAAAGGAAACAUGAGGUUGACAUAAACCCCCCUGCAGCUGCAACCUGUAUGUCAAUGCCACGCUUCGCUUC